UCCUACGUCGAGCUUAUGCAAACGAUUUGAAUAUAUGCAGGAUAUGUCUGUGUUUUCUCUUGCAAUUCUCACUUUAAUUUUGUACGUUGGAUGCAGCAAAAGCAAAAUGGGAGUUAAAGGGGAAUUUUUUGAAAUUGUAUCUUUUUUCUGGACUCUACUAUGCUUUUCAUGCCUGACUUAUGCGAUGGAGUUCGAGGCAAAUCAGACGGCCUCUUUAGUUGUCUAUGCGUCGGCCGAAUCUGGGCGGAAGAUGCCCGACAACUUGUUUGGCAUCUUUUUUGAGGAGAUUAAUCAUGCUGGAGCUGGUGGAUUGUGGGCAGAGCUUGUAAGCAAUAGAGGAUUUGAAGCUGGUGGUCCCGUCACUCCUUCAAACAUCGAUCCAUGGUCUACAAUUGGUAAUGAAUCAUCCAUUUUUUUGUCGACGGACGGGUCAUCGUGUUUUUGUCGAAAUAAGGUUGCACUAAGGAUGGAAGUGCUUUGUGAUGAUUGUGGACCUUAUAGCUGCCCAGAGGGUGGUGUUGGGGUGUAUAAUCCUGGUUACUGGGGCAUGCAUGUUGAAGAAGGAAAUAAAUAUAAGGUGGUCAUGUAUGUUAUGUCAAAGGAUAAUGCGAUCAUUUUGGUUUCACUGAAAAGUUCAGAUGGAUUGACUAACCUUGCGGCAGAUACCAUUAGUGUUGACACAUCUAAGACGUCUUAUUGGACUAAGGUGGAGCUCAUAUUGGAAUCUAAAGGAACAAAUGCUAAUGCAAGACUUGAAAUAACAACAACAAAGAAAGGUGUAUAUUGGUUUGAUCAAGUGUCAGUCAUGCCUAUGGACACCUACAAGGGACAUGGAUUUAGGAAGGACCUUGGCUCUAUGCUAGAAAAUUUGAAGCCUCGGUUUCUUAGAUUUCCAGGUGGAUCUUUUGUUGAGGGAGAGUGGCUAAGAAAUGCAUUUCGAUGGAGAGAGACAGUUGGUCCAUGGGAAGAGAGGCCUGGUCACUUUGGUGAUGUUUGGAAGUACUGGACGGAUGAUGGACUAGGAUAUUUUGAAUUUCUUCAACUUGCAGAGGAUAUAGGUGCAUCCCCUAUUUGGGUGAUCAAUAACGGGAUCAGCCAUCAUGAUCAAGUUGAUUCGUCCGACAUUUUACCUUUUGUCAAGGAUACUCUUGAUGGUAUUGAGUUUGCUAGGGGAGAUUCAUAUUCAAAUUGGGGCUCUGUUCGAACAUCAAUGGGACAUCCAGAGCCAUUUCAACUGAACUUAAUUGCAGUUGGGAACCAGGAUUGUUUCAAACAAAAUUAUCGAGGAAACUACCUGAAGUUUCACUCUCUCGUAAAAGCUGCCUAUCCGGAUAUCAAAAUUAUUACAAACUGCGAUGCUUCUUCUCAAGAACUUGAUCAUCCUGCUGAUCUGUAUGAUAUUCAUGUUUACACCUCUGCUUCAGACAUGUUUUCUAGGGUUUAUCAAUUUGAUCGCUUAAAGCGUACUGGUCCCAAGGCUUUUGUUAGUGAGUAUGCUGUGACUGGAAGAGAUGCUGGGAGAGGAAACCUUUUAGCAGCGUUAGCAGAAGCCGGCUUUCUUAUUGGAUUGGAAAAAAAUAGUGACGUGGUUUACAUGGCAAGUUGUGCUCCGCUUUUCGUAAAUGACAAUGAUCGCAGCUUUAACCCGGAUGCCAUAGUCUUUAACUCAUGGCAACAAUAUGGUACUCCCACCUACUGGAUGCAACAUUUCUUUAAAGAAUCAAGCGGUGCAGUCUUCCACCCCUCCAUUCUCCAAAGCAGUACUGCUGCUUCUUUGGCUGCGUCUGCAAUUACCUGGCAGAGUUCAGAAGACAGGAAGACUUACCUGAGAGUGAAGAUUGUCAAUUUUGGCAAUGAUGUUACGAAUAUCAAAAUUGUUUUGAAUGGAUUGCAAUAUGCCAUCGAUUCAUUUGGAUCAAAGAAGACUGUACUAACUUCCCAGAAUUCUAUGGACGAGAACUCCUUUAAUGAACCAACAAAGGUGGUGCCAGUUUCCAGUAUCCUUCCGAAUGCUGGAACGAGUAUGGAUAUUAUUCUUGACCCACACUCCUUAACUUCAUUUGAUUUAUUACUUGAUUCCACAUCUUACAGGUCUGCAAUGUGAAUGUUAUUAUAGCUACAAUGCUGUAAGUUCUGCUGUUGUAUAUCAUGCAUGUAAAAACUUUUAUGUAUUUUGAAAUUACAGUGAAAUGCAAAUGUAAUUCAUGCAUAGUGAAUAAAAAAAUUCAUGAAGAAACCAACUGAAAGAUUUCAUCUU